AUGCGGCCAUCUCUGAAAUUGCUCGCUGGCGUAUCCCGCGCCCAGCCGUCGAAGCUUAGGAAGCCGGCAAUGAGUUUGGACCAUUUCAUCCAAAGACAGCGAGUUCUCGGCUUCUGGAGGGAGGUUACUCGAGCAAUACAUAAAAUCCCCAAAUCGUCGACGCGGGACGAAUUGCACAGUUACGCUCGCCACGAGUUUGAGCGUCAUCGUAAUGUAACGGAUUUGCAACAUAUACGGUAUUUACUUUCGACAGGGAAGUCGGAGUUUGAGACGAUGAGACGGUACAUCGAUGAACAGGCCUCUCGCUAA